AUGGAAACAGUGAAAUAUGACAUCAUAGGAUUGGCGGAGGUCAGGAGACAAGGUGAAGCCAUAGAUGAGUAUAAAGACUAUAUCUUAUGUUACAAAGGUGAAACCCCUGGCCGGUUUGGAGUAGGUUUCCUUCUCAAGAAACACAUGAAAAAAUACUUGGAAAACUUUGAAGGAAUAUCGGAACGCUUGGCUGUACUGAAUUUAAGCUUCGAGGAUUACCAAUUGUCUAUAAUCCAGGUGUACGCUCCAACUGAGGCAGCAAGCGAUGACCAAAUCCACCAAUUUUAUGAAACGCUUAACAGUGUAGUGGCAAAGGCACACAAAAAUAUUAUAAUUAUGGGCGACUUCAAUGCCAAGAUAGGCAAAGGCCAACCAGAGGAGAAACUACUAAUAAAAAACCACGGCUACGGAACAAGAAAUGAAAGAGGCGAGACGCUGGUGAAAUUUGCGUUCGAGAACAAGUUAUCAGUCUUAAACACAUAUUACAAGAAAAGACCAAGCUGUAAAUGGACCUGGCGCUCACCAAAUGGCAAAAUAAAAAACGAAAUUGACUACAUAUUGUCAAACCAACCCACAAUGUUUUUAAAUGUUGAAGUAUUAAACAUUAACUACCCUCAGACCACAGGAUGGUCAGGGCAACAAUCAGAAUACAAAGAACCAAAAAGAGCAGAAGCCAUUUCAACAACUUGA